GUCGGCUGCGUCUGUCGCAGUGUUUGUAGCUUUGUCUGCAUGCAUGGAAAUCCCUGUCUCCCAGUUCAUGUUAACGUCUUGUAUCUUUACGGCCGGUUUUAUGUCGGAAUUAAUGGGCUGUUUUGCUGAAGGAGCGCCGUUGGUUGCGCGGCACCCCGCGUCUAGUGUGCCGUGGGAUGUUGCUGCGCUGCAGACGCGGAUUCUGCGGCCGGGAAAGGAGGGAAGCGGCCAUCUUGGCUGAGUGUUGAGCGGCCACGGAGGGGCCUGGUUACUAUCCUCCUUGAUGGAACUUAAAGAGGAACUCUGUGUGGUCUGGGUUUGUUUGAGGACUUUGCAUCAAAUGUGAAGCUUCCAGGAAGGAAAACAAAAUGGACCAAUGUGGAGGGGUAUUGGAGUUUCAGCUGCAAGAUUCUAAAAUGCCUCAUACAAUGAUAAUGCAGGACUUUGUGGCUGGCAUGGGGGGCAUGGCCCAUAUCGACGGAGACCACAUCGUUGUGUCAGUACCUGAGGCAGUGCUUGUGUCAGAUGUGGUGACCGAUGAAGGCAUUACUCUGGAGCAUGGUCUGGAGGCAGAGGUAGUCGAUGGGGCGGACAUUGUCUCCGAUGACAUGGUGACAACAGAAGGUGUAAUCGUUUCUGAGUCUGCUCUUGGAGCAGAGGUAGCCAUUGAGGAAGCUUUGGAUUCUGACCACCACAUGCUAACUGCUGACCUGAUUGACGAGUCAGUGCGUGUUCCUGACCAAGUCUUUGAGAUGGUGUCUGAGGAGGUGAUGGUCUCCAACUGUGACUCUGAGACAGUCAUCCAAUCUCACGAGGCCAUGCCAGCCUCUACAGUCACUCUCAAGACAGACGAUGAUGAAGAUGGCAAGAGCACCUCAGAAGACUAUCUAAUGAUCUCCUUGGAUGAGGUUGGGGAAAAACUUGAUAUUGGGAACACUCCUCUGAAGAUAAGCACUGAGGUGGCACAAGAUGAAGGCCCCAAAGAAGGUGACUUCGGCUCUGAGGUCAUCAAGGUGUACAUCUUUAAAGCCGAAGCUGACGACGACGUUGAAAUUGGUGGUACAGAGGUAGUGACAGAGAGUGACUUUCCCAAUGGUCAUGCGGUUUUGGAGCAAGGGCCUGUUGGUAGACUAUCAAGGGAGAAGAUGGUCUACAUGGCAGUUAAGGACUCUUCCCAAGGAGCUGAGGACAUGAAUUGUGCAGAGAUUGCGGAUGAGGUGUACAUGGAGGUGAUUGUUGGGGAAGACGAGGCCCCUGCCAUCCAGGAGGUGUUAGAGGAGCCAGCUGUCAACAAAACUUUUGUCCCGGUGGCCUGGGCUGCUGCCUAUGGUAAUAACUUAGAAACAAGGCUGGAGAACAAGAAUGGAGCAGCCACCCAAUAUCUACAGAUCAGUGACAGCCUCAGCACCAGCAGAGCUCUCAAGCAGAGGGUCAAGAAAAAGAGGAAAGGAGAAACACGGCAAUGCCAAACAGCUGUGAUCAUCGGUCCAGAUGGACAACCCCUGACAGUAUACCCCUGUCACAUCUGUGGGAAGAAGUUCAAGUCACGGGGUUUCCUAAAGCGCCACAUGAAGAACCAUCCUGACCACAUGUUUAAGAAGAAAUAUCAGUGCACAGACUGUGACUUUACCACCAACAAGAAAGUCAGCUUCCACAACCACCUUGAGAGUCACAAAUUAAUCAUUAAGAGCGAAAAGGUUCCAGAGUAUACAGAAUACACUCGACGAUAUUGUGAGGCCAGUCCCCUAAGCUCCAACAAGCUCAUUCUGCGUGACAAGGAGCCCAAGCUGCACAAGUGCAAGUACUGUGAUUACGAGACAGCUGAGCAGGGUUUGCUCAACCGGCACCUGCUAGCUGUGCACAGUAAGAACUUUGCUCAUGUGUGCGUAGAGUGCGCCAAAGGUUUCCGGCACCCAUCGGAGCUCAAGAAGCACAUGCGGACCCACACAGGUGAGAAACCCUAUCAGUGUCCACACUGUGAAUUCCGUUGUGCAGACCAGUCCAACCUAAAGACUCACAUCAAGAGCAAGCAUGGCACUGAACUCCCUUAUAAGUGCGGCCAGUGCCCUCAGGCCUUUGCUGACGACAAGGAGUUACAGAGGCACAAUGAGAUCUUCCAGGGGCACAAGGCACACCAGUGUCCGCACUGUGACCACAAGAGCACUAAUUCCAGUGACCUAAAGAGGCACAUCAUUUCAGUACACACCAAGGACUUCCCGCACAAGUGUGAAGUGUGUGACAAAGGGUUCCACCGGCCCUCUGAGCUCAAGAAACACUCAGAGAUUCAUAAGGGUAGCAAGGUGCACCAAUGUCGGCAUUGCGACUUCAAGAUCUCCGAUCCGUUCACACUCAGCCGACACAUCCUGUCAGUGCACACCAAGGACUUGCCCUUCAAGUGCAAGCGCUGCAAGCGGGGCUUCCGCCACCAGAACGAACUGAAGAAGCACAUGAAAACACACAGCGGCCGUAAGGUCUACCAGUGCCAGUACUGCGAGUACAACACUACGGACGCCUCUGGGUUUAAGCGGCAUGUCAUAUCAAUUCACACCAAAGACUAUCCCCAUCGGUGUGACUAUUGCAAGAAGGGCUUCCGCAGGCCCUCUGAAAAAAACCAGCAUAUAAUGCGGCACCACAAAGACGUGUUAAUGUAAUGUUAGGCAUCCCCUUCCCCACUCUAAAGUGAACUGAGUCGGGCGGGGGGGGGGGGGGGGGGGAACAUGUAUUUAUAUGUUAAAUGAUAAUUGUAAUUACUUUCCCUUAUCAGUCAUGAUUGACACCAUGUUCAAGUUGUCAUAAAAACAGGUCUUAAAGAAUAGCAACAGACUUGGGCAGAGUUUGUGGGGCAUUUGUUGUUGGAAGGGAACAGGUUCAUAAAAUAAAAGGGAGUGGUCCAGUUUUAAUCAUACUUCAGUGUUUCACUCAUUUGUAUCAAUUGGCUCUAUAAGAAUCACUUGUCAAGAAU